UGGUAUUUCAAAUUGUAAGUGAACGCACCACCAUGUGCAGUGUCGUUGCCGUGGAAACGGGACUGUAUCCAACGUAUAUAGAAACAAGGCUCGUGAUAGUUAGCAAACAUUAACGUUAAUCUAACUUUACAUAAUGGAGACGCCUGAAAACGUCGCAGAAACAGAUUAUAAAAUUAUAAAUAUAACCGUCACCCGCGCUAAUAACCUGCAAGGAAAUAAGGCAGAUGGCUUCCAGAGCUUUCUACAGGUUGAAUUGGAUGGAAAUGUGCUGGGAGAGUCGGACAAGAAGCAGGUCAAUCCAGUGGAGCAGUGUGUUGACUAUGACUUUACCUGCAGCUUCCACUGCCCCAAUAACAAUCAGGCUUUCAGUGACAUAGCCCAUAAACCCGUCAUAUUAACAGUGAGAGAGUUCCUGCCUGAGAAGACGAGGACAUCGGUGCCAGCGAAGACACCUGUGCUGGGCCAGGCUGUGAUUGACCUGCUGCCUCUGCUGCAAGGUCAGUGCAGCUUCUCGUCCUCAGUUCCACUGAAUGCAGCGACCAGCUCUUCAGCCAAAGAGUCCCCCCCAGACCUCUGCAGCCAGAGGUCGACACUGGAUGUGUGUGUCAGUAUGUCGGAGCCAAUACUGUCUGAGGCUGAACUUUCAGCCUCCAAUCUGCUGAAGGUAACCAUGGAGACAGCCUACUCCAUCCCUGAGUCAUGGGUUCUGCAAUCUGGCCCUGCCACUACUCCCUGCUCAUACACUGCUGCCCUGGAGGUCCCCCUUAGUGCAGAGAAAGAUCAGGUGCUGGUGUUCUGUGAGGGGCACCUGAAGGCGGGGGGGCAGAGGGAGAAAAAGGGCCGACAGAGGAAGAGGCCCCAUCAGGCCCUGCUGGUCACAGGGAACCACUUCCUACCUGAUACUUCUUUUCAGGCAGAGCCCAUCGAACAGGAGGAUGGCCAGCUGACUGGCUUAGAGGACCGGAAGUUUCGUACUGAAGCAGAGAUCACAAAGCAUAGGGUGAGCUGGGACACAGAGAUGCGCUGCUUCCUGGAUGCAGGAGGAACUACAAGGCUGCGGCAGAAGAUCACUGAGAGCAGACUGUGGCCAGUGGAGAUAAUGAGGUCGUCGGCUGUGCUCACUAAGGCAGCAGAAACCAAGCUGCCCGCUGACAAGAACCCAGAGAUCCCCUUCCAUGGCGUGGCGUUUGUGGACAUGGGUCGGCUGCUGUAUCCUGGAGUCAGCCGCAUCCGAGGAGCAUACAGCAUUCAGCCCUUCUCUGAGGCUGAGUUACUAAACAAGGCCAAGCGGAGUGUCAGUGUGUUAAAGGAGCAGGCCAAGACUGCAGCCAAACAGGUCAAAGUUCGUGCUGGCUCAGCUACAGGCUCUCACAAGGGGAAGGCAGGGAAGAACAUGGAUGGAAGGGGAACGAAGGAAUCCAAGGAGGCAGCCAAAAAGCAACCUGGCAGUCAGAGCAGGCUGUCUGUAGCCGACAGCGUGGCCGAUGCCCUGGCUGAAACUGAGCCGCACCUCAGUACGGAGCAAAAUACAUAUGUGGAGGCCAGAACCUAUAUUAUCAUUGAGAUAGCCUUGGAGAAACCGCUGGUACCCAAAACAUCUCCAGAGGAGCUGGCCAGAAGGGUGAAGGCACUGAUCCUUCCCAGGUGUCCACAUCCAGCAGGUCCUAGCAGAGCAGAAAGUGCGGUGCUGGAAUACCACAGGCAGAUAGGCAACACAGUGGCCCUAAUUUCAGACCAAUAUAAGGAAUUGUUUGGAGCAGGAGCCAAGGCGUCUGAAGACUGCAGCCGGGAGCAGAUGAAGACUGAGCUAAUGGGAGCACUUAAUGUCUCUGGGAAAUACUUCACCUUCAAGGAACAGAUAAAGCAUGCAGUGGCAGGGAUCGUACGUGACAAGAUGCAGCGGACAGAGCCAUUCACUGACCCUCAGGAGCAUAGGGCAUUUAUCAGCAAGCUCUAUGUCUACCUGGUGGACGAGAUGCGCUUAGCUCUCAACAAGGUUUAUUCAGAUGACGUUGACGAUGACUCCGCAGACGAGAUCCAGUUGAGUUCUUCUCAGCUCCGAAAUUUUGCCAGAGAGGCUCAGCUUACUGGGGAUUAUCAGCAGGCUGUUCAGUACUACCAAGAGCUGGUGGUGAGGCACCCCAAUGAGCCCUCCCACAAGUUUGAGUGGGGAAGCCUCUACAUGCGAACUGGAGACUACACGAAGGCUCAUGAGUGUUUCCGUGAUGCUGUGUCUGUCCAGCAGGCACACCUACCCAGCCUGAUGAUGUGUGGGGUCUUGGCGGCAAUGUUUGAGCAACAUAAGGAGGCCCAGACCUUCCUGGAGAGAGCCAUCAGCUUAGACCCGGCCAGUGUGGUGGCCUGGACACUGCUGGGUUUGCUCCAUGAGAGCCAGAGCGAAUCCAUCCUGGCUGAGAGGGCUUUCCUGGAGGCCAGAAGGCAGCUGAGGGCAAAGGAAGCAAAGAAGCAAACACAGGGGGAGGAGGAGAAGAUGAAGAGGGAGAAUGGCAAGGAGGAGAAAAAUAAGCAGGAGAAAGAGCAGCAAGAAAAGGAAGUGAUGGCCACGGCAACACGUCAGUCUCCCACUGUUAAACAAGACCCAGAGUAUGGAGCCCAGGACUCAGAGAUGCAAAGAGAGCCCCCAGUGCCCAGUGUUCACUCCAGAUCAGCUACAUGUAAACUCUCCUCCACCAUUUUCACAGAGACGGUUCAGUUCCUGCUGCAGAACGUUGCACUGCAGAUGGCGGAGCAUGCUCUGUCCCUGGAGCUGCUGUGUUCAGAUGGUGGUCGCAGUGUCUCCUAUCUUCUUCAUCUGGCCCAGUUGCAGCUGCUUAGAGCUGACUACUGCAGUGCUGCCGCCAGCCUGAGGGAGGCGCUGUUUCACAGUAACCAGGAUGCAGAUGCCUGGGCUCUGAAUGGUCACUGUCACUACCUGCGGGGGGCGCUCAGUGAUGCCCAAGAGAGCUACGAGUGGAGCCUGAUCCUUCUGCAGCAACCAUCAGACUCUCACCUUGUCCGCCUCCGCUUGGGAUCCAUCUACCUCCAGCAGGGGAAGUUUAAGGAAGCCAAGGUUACCUAUCUGCAGGCCUGUGAGCAGUCUCCGUCCUGCCUGACCUGGCUAGGCCUGGGUGCCGCCUGUUACCGGCUGGAGGAGCUGCGUGUAGCUGAGGAGGCUUUGACUGAGGCCAAUCAUUUGAACAACCAGAACGCAGAGGUGUGGGCUUACCUGUCUCUGAUCUGCCUCAGGAAUGGCAGACGAGAGGAGGCAGAGCAGUUUUAUAAAUAUGCAACACAUUUCAAGCUGCAGAAAGAGUCACUCCUCAAAGAGUUCAGUGACCUGAAGGAUCAGCUGCUUUUCAGCCAUCUGGAGUCCUGCUUUGGAACAAGCUCAUGAAUCAGAUGACCAAGUACAUGUCAUACAAACACACACAUACAGCAGUGUCUAAAGGGGCCGUACACAUGCUGCAUCUUUAAACGUGAAGUCAGGCACAGGGCACUACUCUUUUGCCUUUUCUGUGCCAGCUGUCAAGAGCACGACGGCAGGUUGCGCCUGACGUUGCUAAGCAACAUUAACAAGCACGGUAUCAUAGCCUGCUUACCUGAAAUCCUGAGUGCAGAGCUGAUCUUCUUCCAGGACUGUUUGUGUGUAGGCCUGUUGUCUGUGGGGCAGCCAUGCACUAAAAUGAUCAACUUCUCCUCCAUAUUUACCACAGACUGAAAUUAACGGAAGAAGGCAAAGAUAUCCGUCAACUGUAAUUGGAC